GAGGGCGGCAGGGAUCCUGCGGGCUGCCGACUGGGAAGGCGUGGGCGACGCGUGUGUGGCGCGCCCGGAGCCCCGCGUUUCAGCCCCAGGGAAGGAAGCCGGUUGAGGGAAAUUCUCCAUGAAUGUAUGUCACAAUGAUGAUGACCGACCAGAUCCCUCUGGAACUGCCACCCUUGCUGAACGGAGAGGUAGCCAUGAUGCCUCACCUGGUGAACGGAGAUGCAGCUCAGCAGGUUAUUCUUGUUCAAGUUAAUCCAGGUGAGACUUUUACAAUCAGAGCAGAGGAUGGAACACUUCAGUGCAUUCAAGGACCUGCUGAAGUUCCCAUGAUGUCACCCAAUGGAUCUAUUCCUCCCAUCCAUGUGCCUCCAGGUUAUAUCUCACAGGUGAUUGAAGACAGUACCGGAGUCCGCCGGGUGGUGGUGACGCCUCAGUCUCCUGAGUGUUACCCACCAAGCUACCCCUCAGCCAUGUCUCCCACCCAUCACCUGCCUCCAUACCUGGCUCACCACCCGCAUUUUAUUCACAACUCUCACACUGCUUACUAUCCACCUGUGACUGGACCUGGAGAUAUGCCGCCCCAGUUUUUCCCUCAGCAUCAUCUUCCCCCGACAAUCUAUGGCGAGCAAGAAAUUAUACCGCUCUAUGGAAUGUCCAGCUACAUUACUCGUGAAGACCAGUACAGCAAGCCUCCGCACAAGAAGCUCAAAGACCGCCAGAUUGACCGCCAGAAUCGCCUCAACAGCCCUCCUUCUUCUAUCUACAAAAGCAACUGCACCACGGUGUACAAUGGCUACGGGAAGGGGCACAGCGGAGGGAGUGGCGGAGGCGGGGGCGGUGGCAGCGGCGGAGGGCCUGGAAUCAAAAAAACAGAGCGGCGAGCAAGGAGCAGUCCAAAGUCGAAUGAUUCCGACUUGCAAGAAUAUGAGUUGGAAGUAAAAAGGGUGCAAGACAUUCUUUCGGGAAUAGAGAAACCACAGGUUUCGAACAUUCAGGCAAGAACAGUCGUAUUGUCCUGGGCUCCCCCAGUCGGACUUUCCUGUGGACCCCACAGUGGUCUUUCCUUCCCCUACAGUUACGAGGUUGCCUUAUCAGACAAAGGACGAGAUGGAAAAUACAAGAUAAUUUACAGUGGAGAAGAACUAGAAUGUAACCUGAAAGAUCUUAGACCAGCAACUGAUUAUCAUGUGAGGGUGUAUGCCAUGUACAAUUCCGUAAAGGGAUCCUGCUCCGAGCCAGUCAGCUUCACCACCCACAGCUGUGCACCUGAGUGUCCUUUCCCUCCCAAGCUGGCGCACAGGAGCAAAAGUUCACUAACCUUGCAGUGGAAGGCACCAAUUGACAAUGGUUCAAAAAUCACCAACUACCUUUUAGAAUGGGAUGAGGGAAAAAGAAACAGUGGUUUCAGACAGUGCUUCUUCGGGAGUCAGAAGCAUUGCAAGUUGACAAAGCUUUGUCCGGCGAUGGGGUACACGUUCCGGCUGGCUGCCCGGAAUGACAUCGGCACCAGCGGUUACAGCCAGGAGGUGGUAUGCUACACACUAGGGAACAUCCCCCAGAUGCCCUCGGCACCAAGGCUUGUUCGAGCCGGCGUCACAUGGGUCACCUUGCAGUGGAACAAGCCAGAAGGCUGUUCACCCGAGGAAGUGGUUACCUACACCCUGGAAAUUCAGGAGGACGAAAAUGAUAACCUUUUCCACCCAAAAUACACUGGAGAGGAUUUAACCUGUACUGUGAAAAAUCUCAAAAGAAGCACACAGUAUAAAUUCAGGCUGACUGCUUCUAACACGGAAGGGAAAAGCUGUCCAAGUGAAGUUUUGGUUUGUACCACAAGUCCUGACAGGCCUGGGCCUCCUACCAGACCCUUGGUUAAAGGGCCAGUCACACCUCAUGGCUUUAGUGUCAAAUGGGAGCCUCCAAAGGACACUGGUGGUUCAGAAAUUCUCAAGUACUUGCUGGAGAUCACUGAUGGAAGCCCUGAAGCGAAUCAGUGGGAAGUGGCGUACAGUGGAUCAGCUACCGAGUACACCUUCACCCACCUGAAGCCAGGCACUUUGUACAAGCUCCGAGCAUGCUGCAUCAGCACCGGGGGACACAGCCAGUGUUCUGAAAGCCUCCCCGUUCGCACACUAAGCAUCGCACCAGGUCAGUGUCGGCCGCCGAGGGUUCUGGGUAGACCAAAGCACAAAGAAGUCCACUUAGAGUGGGAUGUUCCUGCGUCUGAAAGUGGCUGUGAGGUCUCCGAGUACAGUGUGGAGAUGACGGAGCCAGAGGCUGUAGCCUCGGAGGUGUACCACGGGCCCGAACUCGAGUGCACUGUUGGCAACCUGCUGCCCGGAACUGUGUACCGCUUCCGGGUGAGAGCCCUGAAUGACGGAGGGUACGGCCCCUAUUCUGAUGUCUCGGAAAUCACCACUGCUGCGGGCCCACCCGGACAAUGCAAAGCACCUUGUGUUUCUUUCACGCCCGACGGAUGUGUCCUAGUAGGCUGGGAGAGUCCUGAGAGCUCUGGGGCCGACAUCUCAGAGUACAGGUUGGAAUGGGGCGAAGAUGAAGAAUCCUUAGAGCUCGUUUAUCAUGGGACAGACACCUGCUUUGAGAUAAGAGAUCUGUUGCCUGCCGCCCAGUAUUGCUGCAGAUUACAGGCCUUCAAUCAAGCAGGAGCAGGGCCCUACAGUGAGCUUGUGCUUUGCCAGACACCAGCAUCUGCCCCUGACCCCGUCUCCACUCUCUGUGUCCUGGAGGAGGAGCCCCUCAAUGCCUACCCUGAUUCACCUUCUGUGUGCCUUGUACUGAGCUGGGAAGAGCCGUGCAAUAAUGGAUCUGAAAUCCUUGCCUACAACAUUGAUCUCGGAGACACUAGCAUUACCGUGGGCACUACUACCACCCACAUCGUGAAAGAUCUCCUUCCAGAAACCACCUACAGGAUCAGAAUUCAGGCUAUAAAUGAAAUUGGAGCUGGACCAUUCAGUCAGUUCAUUAAAGCCAAAACCCGGCCAUUGCCGCCCCUGCCUCCUCGGCUUGAGUGUGCUGCAGCCGGUCCACAGAGCCUGAAGCUAAAAUGGGGAGACAGUAACUCCAAGGCGCACGCUGCUGACGACAUGGUGUACACACUACAGCUGGAGGACAGAAACAAGAGGUUUAUUUCGAUCUACAGAGGACCCAGCCACACCUACAAGGUGCAGAGACUGACGGAAUUCACUUGCUACAGCUUCAGGAUCCAGGCCGCCAGCGAGGCUGGAGAAGGGCCCUUCUCAGAAACCUACACAUUCAGCACAACCAAAAGUAUCCCCCCCACCAUCAAAGCACCUCGAGUAACACAGUUGGAAGGAAAUUCAUGUGAGAUUUUAUGGGAGACAGUCCCACCAAUGAAAGGCGACCCUGUUAACUACAUUCUGCAGGUAUUGGUUGGAAGAGAAUCUGAGUACAAACAGGUGUACAAGGGAGAAGAAGCCACAUUCCAAAUCUCAGGCCUCCAGACCAACACGGACUACAGGUUCCGCGUGUGUGCGUGCCGUCGCUGUCUAGACACCUCUCAGGAGCUAAGCGGAGCUUUCAGCCCGUCUGCAGCUUUUGUAUUACAACGAAACGAGGUCAUGCUUACAGGGGACAUGGGGAGCUUAGAUGACCCCAAAAUGAAGAGCAUGAUGCCUACUGAUGAACAGUUUGCAGCCCUCAUUGUUCUUGGCUUUGCAACUUUAUCCAUUUUAUUUGCCUUUAUAUUACAGUACUUCUUAAUGAAGUAAACAAGCCCAACAAAACUAGAGGUAUGAAUUUCAUUAAUGCUACACAUUUUAAUACACACAUUUAUUCAGAUACUCCCCUUUUUAAGCCCUUUUUUUCUUUGAUUUAUAUACUUCUCUUGUUUUACAGAUUUAGCUAGGAAAAACAAUGUCAGUGUUUUGGUGCACCUUUUUGAAAUACAAAACUAGGAAGAGGUUAAACUGGAUUUUUAAAAAAAAAAAAAAAAAGAAAAAAAGAAAAAAAAAAGAGAAAAAAGAAGAAAAGCAAACCAGAUACCAAAAGCUAGCUUUCAUAUGUUUUCUUUUAAAUUUUCAGAUCUGCCUUCAUUUUGUUUUCACUGAUGUCUUUUGCAAGCCUUCGGUUGUUUUUUUUUUUUGUUUUUUUUUUUUGUUUUUUUCUUUUUCUUUUUCUUUUACGUUACAGUUUAGUAAUUUAUAUUCACAAAUCACUUCUUAUGUCUUGACCAUCUAUAUCUGUAACCAUGAAUAAAUCACAGUGUGUGUAGUUACAGGGCUAGGAUUCCAGUGUUGUCAGAGUAUUGCCACACAACAACAUACAGAAGAUGUGUUCACUCAGAUAAGGCUGAAACAACAUAUUGUCACCCAGUUAUUUAACUCUGUUUAGCUCAUUUAAAUCAAAAUGUGUACUUUAAUCUAAAAUGUUUUAAUGAUCUGUAUUUCUUAUGAUUUUAACACUAUGAGCUGCCUGUAUCAGAAAUCAAGUAAUCAGAAUGCACCUAUAAAUUAUGGAGCAUUGUAGAUUUUACCACGUCCAUUCAUAGCAGUAACUUUACAAGGGCAUCGUGCAAUAGUUAGUUGUUUCCUUGUUCAGCUAUUUUAAAAGCUGCUUUAACUUGUCUGUCUGUCUUUGUAUAUAACUACUUCUAAUAUAAUCACUAGAGUUAUUAUAUGCUGUUAUGUUUGACCAGAAUUAUAUGACAAGAACUGGUGACAGUUUAGUGCCUCUGCCCAUUAUCCAUGAUUUACACUAAUUGUGAGCAGUCUUCUUAAUGCGUCAGCUCAUUAUUCUCGAGAGAUUUGCCUGUAGGCUGUUCUUUGAGGUAUCAAUGAAGUGAUUGAAUUUCAGUACCUUAAUUUGGAGCCCAUACUACUAAUGUAACAGCAGAUGAAAAUGGAUGAAACCCAAAAGAGAGUCAUCUGGAUCUGUAGUUGCAGCUCUGCGGGGCUGCUCUGGCUGUGUGGAGAGGGACUGGUAUUUGGCAGUAAGCACAGGGUGGUUGGGGGUCAAGGAGCCGAGAUUCUCUCCCUGGAUCUGUCACUAACUUGCUGCGUGACCUGAACACGUCACUUUACCUCUCUGUGCCUCAGUUUUCCCAUGCAUGAGAAAUAAAAUAAAGUAAAAUGGGGAUUCUAAUGUUUGUAAGUGCUUUGAGAUCUUCAAUCAACAGGUGCUAUUGGAGUGCAAAGUGUUACUCUUGCAUGUUUAUUUUGAGUCAUGAGAUAAUCAAUUUUAACCCAAAGUCAUUGGAUUAUUUAUAUAAAGUCCAUAAUGUUCGAGUACCUCAGGGACAUUUAAGAGUUGGAGGUGCAAAUAUAUUCCAAAAGGGUGCAGCAGACACAGUGUAUCCCCUUGCUUCUGUUUCUGUAUAUUUUUGCUACUUGGUUUUUUGUUUUUUGGUUUUUUUUUUUCCAUGAUCAUAGCUAUUUUGUGCUUGGUCUAUGUUGUCUAAGAUGCAGUAUCCUGUACUAGCUUAUGAAAUUCCCAUACCAAAGUCAUGGGGAAACCAACAUUAUUUUGUUUUUGGUUUAUUUAUACUAUAUUCUGCAUACAGUACUUUAAAUGCCAAUUACAGUGCAAUCUUUAUUUAUUGUAAAAAUUUUUAAAUGUACUUAUGUACUAAUUUUCCCUUGUAGCAUGUUAAUUUUUUUUGUGUUUUAUACUUUUGUAAUUUUAGGUCAGUCUUGUUCUUUGGCAACAUCCGUAGUAUUAUUAAUCUUCUGACACUUUUCUUACAUUUUUAAAAGAUAAGAGCAUCUAGUGCAUUAAAUGCCAAAAAAAAAAAAAAAUCCAUUAUCGGUGAUUGAAACGUUUACAUGUACCCAGAAAACCAUAAUCAUCUCUUGAAAGAAUGCUAAGAUCAAUGAAUUAUUCUGUGUGCCUCUAUUGAUGUAGUAAGUUCUAGAGAUCUCUGUAUUUUGUUAUUGAAUAUAACAGUUUAAUUAGCCUUGCAAACUGAUGACAUCAAUAUAAAUAUAUUUUUGCCAAGUUCUGGCCUUCCAAAUCUCACCCCUCUAUUUAACUGUGUGAUGUGACCCACUAGGACAUUGCACCUGCAUUUUCUAAGACUAUUUUCAUGCAGGUGUUUUAGGCAGAAGGCUUUUUUUUUUUUUCUUAAGCAGUAAAAACAACUGAAUACAAAACCCUUUUUGCAGGGGAAAAAAAGGGUCUCUAUUUUGAAACACUUCAGCACUGCUGCUAUGAAGAAAUUCUCUGAAUUGGUUGAGUAUUUUUAAAGGAAAUAAUGCUUUAGGCCAAAUUUAUGAUGAACAUAUGAUCUUUUUGAGACUUUCAUUGUAACUGACCACCAGAAAGCUGAAGUGUGUGAAAUACAAGCUGACAGCACUUUGUUUUACUGGUCUCCCCUAUUUGGUAUUCAUUUAUAAUCCCUUCCGCCAUAAAAUUAUUGCUGCCUGUGGCACUGUUUUCUAUCACAAAUAUGUAUAUGUGAUAUGGAUAUGUAACCGUAUAUAUUGCCAUUACACGUGAACAGUAAAAUAAAGUGUUGUACCAGCCAUAUCUCUGCCCUUUUGCAAUGUGUAGGAGUGAGUGAGUGGCUUUCCGAUGCUCUGACUCCUCUCCGUAUGUCAGACUUAUUCCUGGCAUAAGAAAUUCCAGCCAUGUGAAGCAAACUGCCCUGUGUCCUCAAACUGUUUAAGAAGAAAACUUUUAUUAAAAGAUUUUUUUCAUAUUACCUGCCUUGUUCUUAUCAACUUGAAAUGUUGGCAUUUUUCUAACCUUGUUUUGUUGGCUACAGUAAUUCAAUAUUCAUUCAUGUCCAAAUUGAAAAGUGCCCUAAUUGAAUGUGUUUGAAUGUUAUCCUUGCACAAUUCUUCAAAUUGAAAGACGAAAUGUUUUACCUCACUGUUGGACAUACAUUCCAAGCUUUUCAACUCUAGGAGAGAAAAAAAAAAAAUCAUAUGUUUUCCUGUAUUGUAAAUUUUAGACUAUUUCAUAUACAUUGUAUUAAAACUGCCAUAUCAAUUUUAAUGUAUAGAUUUUGCAAAUACUAUGCUAUAUGUUAUACCUAACUGUAUCUGUAGUGUAUAUGUAAUAUAUUUAUGCCCAAUAAAUGUUUUAAUUCUUUCAGA